UAAAAAUCAGUGUAUGAGAAAGAAAAUAACGGACAACAUUUCUUUACUAAUUCGUGUAAUUCAUUUGAUAAGGUUUUAUCUACGGAGCAAGUAUAAAUCUUGGAUACCGUUAUCAAUGAAAAUAUAUGGUGCACAAUGUCAACACUAAUCGCAAUCACAAGCGCGUGGUAUUAGCGGCCGGGCAGUAAUUAACACAUUUUCAAUAAUUAACAUUGUUUCAUUGGAGCUGUGAUUGUGAAAAUGUGUGGUGUGAUCGGUAGCGUGUCCACGCUGGUGAUAGGCGCCAUCCUUGUGAUCGGCAGCUGUAUCGUCGGCUUCCUUGUGGUUCCUAACAUCGUCCGCAAUGUCAUCAUAAGCGAGGUCGUGCUAAAUGAAGACACAAUACAGAUGGACAGGUUCGAAGAGAUACCCUUCUCAUUGAACUUCACUGUGAUGAUCUUCAACAUCACCAACCCUCAAAGUGUGUUGAACGGCGGCGUGCCAUUCACUCGGGAGAUACUUGGAAUUGACGGUGAUAUAAUUAGGUACAAGAGACACGAGCACUUUGUCUUUGACCCCGUCCUCUCGUUCCCACGUACAGAAGAAGAUAUACUGACUAUCAUCAACGUGCCGUACCACGCCAUCAUCCAAGUUGCGGAAACGUUGUACCCGAACUUGAUGCCAUUAGUAAACCUUGCAAUUAAUGGUGUUUUUGGAAAACACAAUCAGCCGUUUGUCAAUAUCACGGCUCGUGAGUUACUGUUCGAUGGUAUCCCGCUGUGCAAGGACACUGGUAUGAUAGCAACCAUCGCGUGCAACAUCAUCAGGAACAUCGCUCAAGGAGCCCGGAAUAUUGAACAGUUGGAAGAUGAGUCUCUCGUGUUCUCAAUCUUAGAUUAUAAAGAACAACUACCAAGCGAAGAAUAUGAGGUACUAAGGGGUCUCAAUGACCCUGCAGAUUUAGGUCGUAUCCUGAAAUAUGGUGGCUACAACCGGUUCCGACACUGGGCCAAGAGCCCUGAAGGUGGAGUGACUCCCUGUAACCAGAUCAAUGGUACUGAUGCUGGAAUUUACCCACCUUUCGUCAAUAGGGAAGAAAGCCUUUACGCUAUCAACACAGACAUCUGCCGAUCAGUGGAGCUCCGGUACGAGCAUGAUACAGAAUACAAGGGUAUCCCAACAUAUAGAUAUGCAGCUAAUGAGUGGCUUCUAGACAACGAUGAAGGUUGCUUCUGUCUGAAUGCAACGCGAGGCCUGAAUCGGGAAGAUGGUUGCCUCCUUAAAGGUGCAAUGGAGUUGUAUAGCUGUGUCGAUACACACCACGCCCUUACUACCAUACCUUCGCCUUCAACUACAGAGAUAUCAUGCUAUAUACCAACAGGACGUGUAAUGAAGCGCCAUCUACUAUGA